AAAUGGGGAACGUGUUACUGGCCUUAAUUAUUAUUUAGCUGCAGUUGGAAUUGCUAGUCUCCCUUCCCGUCCUAGUCGUACCCGCUUAGUAUAAAUUGAAACUCGGAGAUGGGCGCACACAUAAAACAAGGGCAGAGACGCCAUAUUAAUAGAUCGAAAAAGAUCUAUGUUUAUCGUAUUUAUUGCUUGGGAUUGUUUUUAGCUUUCGAUCCAGGCUGAAGGGGAAUUUUGUCUUCCCCAUAAAUUGCAAAUUUAGAAAAUCUGAUACUGACAACUCCGUAUAAUUAUAACGAGAUCAGACUUGUGCAUUGGAUGGAAGUCUCAUUACAUCAAACAUCUGCUUCACUUUUUAAUCGUUUCUCGUUAUAGGGUCAUGUCAUUAUGUGACUGUUAAUCAUUCCAAAGAAGCUACUAAGAUCUGAUGCAAAAUGGAAACAAGAUUGGACAGGCUUUUCCUACUGCUAGAUACAGGAUCAUCUUCUGUCACUAGAAAAGCUGCUGCCCAACAAUUGGGUGAAGUUCAACGUUUACAUCCCCAUGAGCUACCUCUGUUACUCAAGAAAAUAUUUGUACAUCUGAAGAGUCCUUCUUGGGAUACUCGAAUUGCUGCCUCUCAAGCCAUUAAUGCUGUGAUUUCUCAUGUUCCCCAAUGGGACCCUCUUCCACUCAUUGUCAAAAGUGAGAAUGACACCAACUUGCCAAGUGGAAAACUUAGCCAGCUGAAAUUUAACACAUUUAGUAUUGGCACAGUUUUAGCAAACCGUCAUUUUUUAACAGCAUCAGAGGGCAAAGAAUUUGAUGAUGAUGACUUUUCAUCAGCUGAUCCCAAAGAAAGGUUAGCUCGUCAGCGUAAAGCACUAAAUGACAGCCUUGGUCUUGAGCUGGCAGCCAAAUUAGGCAUUGAUACUGGAGAAAUUGUCUCUGCUGAAGAUUUAACUGGACAACAAGAACCAACUGUAAAUGUUUCAGACAUCUCACCUGCCACACCAAUAGAUGACGAAGCUGAAAGAUUGAAUAAGCAACUCAGUUCUAGAGAAGCAAACAGAGCAAAACGAAAAGCCCGACAGGGAGGAAAACAAAAGUCAAUCGACGGGAGCCCAUCUGACGGAGCCUCUAGUAGUAAAAAAAUUAAGAAAGAAAGGGAGGAAGAAAUUAUAGUGGACAGCGUGCCCGAUCCUGCUGGAACAUGGCCGGAUACUGCUCAAAACUGGCCUUUUGAAAGCUUCUGUGAUCUUCUAGUGACUAAGCUUCUUAGUCCUAGUUGGGAGGUUCGGCAUGGAGGGGGUACAGCUUUGCGUGAAGUAAUUCAACUACAUGGUCGUGGCGCAGGACGAACUGUUCAUCAGACGAUGUCCGAAAUGAAAGUAGCUCAUGGCAAUUGGCUUGAAGAUACAGCUCUGCGUCUCUUGUGCGUCUUGGCAUUAGAUCGUUUUGGCGACUUCAUAUCGGACCAAGUUAUUGCGCCUGUUCGGGAAACAACAGCACAGGCACUUGGUUCGUUAGCCAAGUUGAUGGAACCUCAGCAGGUUGAAUCGGUCGUUGCUGUUCUACUUCAGUUACUUCAGCAAACUGAAUGGGAGACAAGGCAUGGCGGCCUUUUGGGUUUGAAAUAUUUGAUGGCGGCUCGGCAGGACCUAUCUCAACAGCUCUUACCGUUGGUGUAUCCCAGCCUCUUUCGAGGACUCGAAGAUGAAGUCGACGAUGUCAGCGCUGUGGCUGCAGCAGCCUUAGUACCUCUGGCUGACCCUCUAGUCAAUCUUUUGCACCUGAAUGAGAUAGGCAAUUUGCUCAAAACGCUGUGGGACUCUCUACUUGAACUUGAUGAGUUGACAGCAUCGACAAGCUGCAUUCUCACUCUUCUGUCAUCGUUAAUGGCCCGCUCGGAAACAGUCCCAUGUUUGCAGCAUCUCCCUUUAGUUGAUUUAGUUCCAAGAUUAUGGCCAUUUCUUUCUCACUCCUCUUCCAAAGUCCGACGUUCCACUUUAAAGACACUAGAGACAUUACUGAUUCCAACCCAUACUGCUGAAUGGAUGGAUGGGUUAGCUUCUGAUCUCCUCCGCCAUAUUUUCCAGCGUGCGAUGCUUGAACACCAGCAAGAAACCAUCAACCACAUUGAAGAGCUAUGGGGUCUGCUCAUAAGACGACUUCCGCUUCAGGUGUUGCUUCCCGCUGCUUGCCCUUGCGUGGCCCCUUGGCUUUGCACAAUGAUGCAGCCUUCACGCCUACCUUUCGACCCAUCGAUUCUAAUAUUUCCACCCGUUCGUAAAGAACCAAUUGAAAGUCGCCGUCGGAGCACCAGCGGACCUCUUGGAGAAGUAGCUCCAGUCGAAACAAAAUACUUCAUCGCAGGAACAGACCAUGUUUAUGAGAAUCCACUUCAACGUGAAAAGGCAGUAAUCCGAGCGCGUUGUUUGGCUGCUUCUAUGUUGGGCUUUCUCUCAAAAUACCUCGUCCAGGUGAUGCCUGGAUUGACUUAUUCAGCUGACAUGGAGUCGCCAGUUGAAUGCUACGCAAAACUAUUAUUGGUUCAUUUGAACAGCCGUUCGGCCAUCCAGCGUACAGCGGUUGCAAUGGUUAUGGCUGAUUGGGGUGAAAGGUGCACGGAAAUUUCUCCGCCAAGUGUUUUGAUAGAACGUCUUCACGUAACCUUGACUGAAACCGUGUAUUACGAUGAGAUUGGCGUCGCUUAUGCUCGACUGCUGCACGACACCAAAGACUUCAUCGCAACGCUUCGGCAUUAUAAAGUGGACAUAGAAUCUGUAUUCCCCUCUGCCAACGCUAAUUUCUUACCGAUAGAACAAAUCCAAUCACUAGCUGGCCCAAUCGCAACUCAACUCUUAACUAGUUCCAAACUUAAGAGUAAAAUAACUGAAAUGCUGGAAGACAGAAGAAAAUCGUUGGCGAGUGGAAGCCUUCAGGUGUCGAUCGAUCAAAGUAGUCUAAACAACACUACUCAAUCGGCAUUAGCGCGAGCCGUGGUCGGCUUCCGAGUUCUACCUGUUAACACAGUAAAUCCCGUCGUUAAGCCUUUGAUGGAUUCAAUCAAAAUGGAGGAAAAUGAACAGCUACAGAAAUCUUCCGCGCAAACACUGGCACGCUUAUUAGAACUCUGCCAGGCACGAACCCCCAGUCCCAAUGUCAAAAUUUUGAAGAACAUUUGCAUUUUCCUUUGUGCUGAUACCGAACUGACGCCAAAAGUAAGUCCAGAUGAUUUGGACGGAAUCUUAAUGUUGAUGCAACAACAGCGAUUAGCUGAGAAAACUGCCGGAGGAAAACGAACCCAAGUGGAUAGUGACCCAGCUGGCACCCGUGCCAUAGAAAUCCAACGACGAGGAGCUACACACGCAUUAAAGUCUUUGGCUUCCUACUUCGGUCCAGAUAUGACAAAGAAAGUGCCAUAUCUUUGGGACUCCAUAAUGAGCAUUCAAACUAUUGAAAGUCAUUCUGAAAACGAUGCUGUCGGAAUCUCGAAAGCGGAAGAUUUAAUCCAGUGCUUGCAGAUCCUAGAAGUCAUAGCGUCUUCCCUUCAUUCUUCCCUACAUGCUCAAAUUUUGGAAUUGCUGCCAACAUUUUGUGAUCUUUUAGAACAUCAGUUAAGGGCAGUGAGACAUAUGGCAAGUCGAGGACUAGCUGCACUUGGAGCCGUUGAUGGCGACCGUGUUCUCACAGUUGUGGUUGAGAAAGUUAUACCUAUGCUUGGAGCGAUUGAUCGUGAACGAAUGCGGGAGGGAGCAAUCGAAGCCGUGGCCUGUUUGGUUGAACAAAUGGGCAUGAACAUAAUUCCUUUCAUCGUCCUCUUGGUCAUUCCUGUCCUCGGUCGAAUGAGCGAUACUAACCAGUCCGUCAGAUUGGUGGCAACUCAAUCAUUUGCGACUUUGAUUAGACUCAUGCCUCUUGAAGGAGGCGUUCCCGAUCCACCAGCUCUCAGUCCAGAGUUGGCAGAAAAGAAAGUACAACAACGUCGCUUUCUCGAACAAUUAUUUGACCCCAAAAAACUGGAGAACUAUAAGAUUCCCAUCACCAUAAAUGCAGAGCUGCGCUCCUACCAACAGGAUGGUGUAAAUUGGUUAGCUUUCCUAAACAAAUAUGGGUUACAUGGCAUUCUUUGCGACGACAUGGGACUCGGCAAGACUCUCCAAACGAUCUGCAUCAUUGCUUCUGAUCACCAUCAACGGAAGGCUGACUUUGAACUCACUCAAAACCCAUCAUCGGCGAGUUUACCUUCAAUUGUAAUUUGCCCUCCUACUCUAACGGGCCAUUGGAUGGACGAGGUGGAGAAAUUUGUUUCAGCUGACAUUUUGAAUCCGCUGCACUACACUGGGCCCCCAUCUGAAAGAAUGCGUCUCCGCAGUAGAGCAGUUCAUCAUAAUCUCAUCAUCGCUUCUUAUGACAUUGUCCGAAACGACUUGGACUUUUUCAGUUCUGUACGUUGGAAUUUCUGCGUUUUAGAUGAAGGGCACGUCAUAAAGAACGGGAAAACCAAAUUGUCAAAGGCCAUCAAACAAUUGAUUGCGAAUCAUCGAUUGAUACUAUCGGGUACACCAAUCCAGAACAAUGUUCUCGAACUUUGGUCUCUCUUUGACUUCUUGAUUCCUGGUUUCCUUGGAAGUGAAAAACAGUUUCAGGCUCGUUAUAGUAAACCGAUCUUGGCUAGUCGCGAUGCUAAAGCGUCUUCGAAAGAACAAGAGAAUGGAGUGCUAGCCAUGGAAUCACUCCAUCGCCAGACACUGCCGUUCCUUCUCAGACGAAUGAAAGAAGACGUACUCAAGGAUCUCCCUCCCAAAAUUACUCAAGAUUACUACUGCGAUUUAAGUCCAUUGCAAGUAAAACUAUAUGAAGAUUUCUCAAAGAAACAUGCAGAACUCAAUCAGACAAGCCAGGCUUCAGCUUCCUCUCCUGCACACGCGCAUAUUUUCCAGGCGCUGCAAUACCUUCGCAAAGUUUGCAACCAUCCCAAGCUUGUUCUAACACCCCAACACCCACAGUUUGAAGUUUUCCAGCAGCAUCUUAAGGAUCAAAAAAGCAAUCUCUCUGAUUUGCAACACGCUAGCAAACUAUUGGCUUUGAAACAACUGUUGCUUGACUGUGGCAUUGGUUUGGAUACUGCAAACGGAUCUAUCGAUUCUUCCGACACGGGUGGCAGUGUGGUUUCCAUUCACAGAGCGCUGAUUUUCUGUCAACUCCGGUCGAUGAUUGACAUAAUUGAGAACGACUUACUCAAAACUCACAUGAAAACUGUGUCUUACCUUCGUCUAGACGGAAGCAUUGCUGCCGGUUCCCGACAAGGAGUAGUCAAACGUUUCAACGAAGAUCCUUCCAUCGAUGUACUUCUACUGACUACUCAAGUCGGUGGAUUAGGUCUUAAUCUCACAGGAGCCGACACAGUAAUUUUUGUCGAACACGACUGGAAUCCUAUGAAGGAUCUCCAAGCCAUGGAUCGUGCGCACAGAAUCGGUCAAAAGAAAGUGGUCAACGUCUACCGUCUCAUCACCAGAGGAACUCUUGAAGAAAAAAUCAUGGGAUUGCAGAAGUUCAAAUUACAGACCGCCAAUACCAUCAUCAGCACGGAAAAUGCGAGUCUUCAGUCAAUGGGAACAGAACAGUUACUUGAUAUUUUCACACUGGAUGAUGGCAAAUCGUCCAAGAGUAAUAAACGGUCUUCGACUAAUGAGCCUGAAAAUGCCUCCGGUCUUCCGGCUGGCUUCCGUGUGGCAUUGGAAUCUUUACCCGAGUUGUGGAGCGAAGAAAAUUACGAAAACGAGUACAACCUCGAUUCUUUUAUUUCCACCUUGAAUCAAAUUAAGUAAGCAUUCGUUUCAUAUGUUUGUCUACUUGAUGGUAUGUAUGUUACAGUGCGCUCCACCUUUUUUCUAUUCUUCACUCAGCCGUGUUGGCAAAAUUUAACCUUCCGCAUUUUGUCUUGAGCUUGAAUUUUCACACACAAGUUUUUCGAACUGUAUUUCUUGAAUAGCAAAUACAUUGUCUUUCCCAGACAAAA